UAUAAUGCUAAUGACAGUGUGUGAAUUAUGAGAAAGGUUACCUCCCGGCUCCCAUACAUAUCAAACUUCAAAGUCUCAAAAGAAUAAAAUGCGAUCUUCAUACAACGUUUCUUUAUACGAUUUAGAACAGUCCUUCAUGAGAAUACAACAUUGGAAACAUGGUGUAUAGAGAAUUAUCAAACGAACUUCAAAGGAAAGCGGAAGAAGAGCUGAAUGAAAAUCCAUCGAGGGUACAGGAAGACUUGGAAUACAUUAGAGAAUGGAUUAAGAAGCAACCGCACCUAAUAUCAAGAACCGAUGAUCAAUUUCUAUUAUCAUUCUUGCGUGGAUGUAAAUUUAGCCUUCAUCGUACUCAAGUAAAACUCGAUUACUACUACACCGUAAAAACUAUAGCCACGGAAUUCUUCACUCGCAGAGAUCCAUUCGAUCAAGAUAUUCAAGAAGUACUGCGUCUCGGUGUUAUAUUGCCUCUGCCCAAGACCGAAACUCCAGACGGACCCAGAAUACUUCUGUUACGCUCCUCUCUUUUGAACCUUGACAAGAUAAAUUACCUUGCUUAUUAUAAGCUUUUAUUCAUGAUGUUUGAUAUUUUACUGAUGGAGGAUGAUAACUUCACCGUCUCCGGGAUUAUCGCAUGGUCAAUCGGAAAAAAUUUGACCAUACGCCACACUAUGCAUCUAACUCCGUCACUUUUAAAAAAGUUGAACGACAUAUCGCUCAAAGGGUACCCUAUAAGAAUGAGGAGUCUCUAUUGCACACAAUGCCCUCAGUUAGCUGAAACCUUUUUUAACCUCAGUAAAUCGUUUGCACCGGAAAAGUUAAGUAAACGUAUGUUUCUGUACAGUGAGAGUCACCAUGAAGAGUUCUGUAAAAAAUUUCCUAUACAGUUUCAACCCGAAGAUUACGGUGGUCAAAAUGGUUCCCUAAGUGGGCUUACAGAAUAUUGGAAAACCAAGGUUGAAGGUUACUGUAAAUGGUUCUUGGAGGAUAAGGAAUACGGAACAAAAGAAGACUUGCGAUUGGGUGCGCCAAAUACGUCUGCAAGUUUGUUUGGUAUGGAGGGAACGUUUCGGAAGCUUAAUCUGGAAGUGCUCUUGCCCAUCAAUCAACAAGGUCUCAAAGGAAUAAAACGCGAUCCUCCUAGAACAUUUUUGCAGACGAUUUACAACAGUUCCCCAGGAGAUUACAGCAUUGGAAAUAUGGUGUAUAGGGAAUUAUCAAACGAACUUCAAAAGAAAGCGGAAGAAGAACUGCAUGAAAAUUCGUCGAGGGUACCGGAAGACUUGGAAUACAUUAGAGAAUGGAUUAAGAUGCAACCGCACCUAACUUCAAGAACCGAUGAUCAAUUUCUAUUAUCAUUCUUGCGUGGAUGUAAAUUUAGUCUUCAUCGUACUCAGGAAAAACUCGAUUACUACUACACCGUAAAAACUAUAGCCACGGAAUUCUUCACCCGUAGAGAUCCAUUCGACCAAGAGAUUCAAGAAGUACUGCGUCUCGGAGUUAUACUGCCCCUGCCAAAAACAGAAACUCCAGACGGACCCAGAAUACUUCUGGUUCGCUCCCCUCUUUUGAACUUUGAAAAGAUUAAUUACCUUGCUUUUCACAAGGUUCUAUUCAUGAUGUAUGAUAUUUUACUGAUGGAGGAUGAUAACUUUACCGUUUCCGGGGUUAUCGCAUGGUUCUUCGGAAAAAACUUGACCAUACGUCACACCAUGCAUCUAACUCCCGCACUUUUAAAAAAGUUGAUCAACAUAUCGCUCAAAGGGUACCCUAUAAGAAUGAAGAGUCUAUAUUCCACCCAUUGCCCCCAAUUAGUUGAAACCAUUAUUAACCUUAGUAAAUCGUUUGCACCGGAGAAGCUAAGUAAACGUAUGUUUCUGUACAGCGAGAGUAGCCAUGAAGAGUUCUGUAAAAAAAUUCCUAUUCAGUUACAACCCGAAGAUUACGGUGGUGAAAAUGGUUCCCUUACUGAUCUUGCAGAAUAUUGGAAGAGCAACGUAGAAAGUUAUAGUAAAUGGUUCUUGGAGGAUGAGGAAUAUGGAACAAAAGAAGAUUUGCGAUUUGGUACACCGAACACGUCUGCAAGUUUGUUUGGUAUGGAGGGAACAUUUCGGAAGCUUAAUCUGGAUUAAAAAGAACGCAUUGCUGGUGGAAAAUUUAAGCGGUUAUGCUAAUGUCGUGUGCAGUUGUCGACUGAUGACAAGAUCUUGUUAUAUAAUAUACGGUGCCGUUUCAAUGUUCCCAGCCGCCAAACAAAUUAAAUUUAUUUAACCUUCAGAGCUUAAUAAAGUUACACACAACCGCGUAUCUAGAUC